CUCUUCACUCCGACCGUUUGCCCAGAGGAGCGGAAAGGCGGCGAGAGGACCGGCCUGCCUCGUUCCCCUUCUUCGGAAAGGGUUUUAAGAGACCGGCGAGGGUGAAGUAGCGCUCGACGCGGCCGGUCUUCUUGCUCGCCUGCCGUGCGGGGGUGGGGGGGGCAGGGAGGGAGGGAAGCCUUGCGAGGAGAAGCGCUGCGCUGGAGUGGGAGAAAGAGAUGUCUAAAGCCCGAGGCAGAGCUGUGCUUAUUCUGAGCCUCCUGUUUCUGACAACUUCGCUUGCUGCUGUCCAAGGGCUGCCCUUGAAGAAACUGCGCAGUCCCCACCCGAAAGCAACGGACUAUACCUUGGUGGAGGUUGCCACAUCAGCUGAUGUCCCUUCAUUCAAAGAAGAAAUGCCAAAGUCACACAGAAUACAGAACUUGAGGCUGAAUGAACAGGUGACACCAGAUCAACACAAGCACCAUUGGCCAUUACAACAGGCUUCAAGGAACCAGUUGGCAUCACUUCAAUCUGCGGAAAUACUCCCAGAAGAGAAAACACCUUUUGUGUUGGACUUACAAAGCCUGACAGGCUUAGCCAAUGUGGAUCUGAAUGCCCAGAAUCCAAACAUACAGGUGACCAUUGAGGUGGUGAAUGAUCCUCAAGCAGAGAUGGAGAUGGACUUGCUGAAGGAGACUAGCAAUGACUGGUCCCUGUCUUCCUCUGACUGGUUAUCUCAUAAGGACCUCUUUUGGCCUCUUUUCUGGGAAUACACAGAUCCCAUAGAGGAUGGUGAUGACAAUUUGAACAUAAAGAGCAGGGAUGAAGAAGAGGAGGAGGAAGAGGAAGAUUAUACAUCGGAGUAUGAUGAAGAAGAAAUAGUUGUGAGUGGAGUGGGGGGAAAUUGGCAUCAGAGGUGGCCUAAUCGAAAGAAUUGGAUCUUAAAAGAGAAAUACAACUAUGAUUAUGAAGAUGAAGAGGACUGGAGUCCUUGGUCUUCCUGCAGUGUAACCUGUAGCAAUGGCCAUCAGAAGAGAACCCGGUCUUGUGGUUAUGCAUGCACAGCUACAGAAUCAAGAACUUGUGAGCUGCAGCACUGUCCUGGAGAAGUUGGGGAAUUGGCUUCUACCACUGAAGAGACACCAUUUGAAGCUGAAAAUGCCACGGAGUUUCUAAAUGCAGAUGUGGAUAGUUGUGAGAAAUGGCUUAAUUGCAAGAGUGAUUUCCUCAACAAAUACCUAAGCAAAGUGCUUUCAGACCUACCCAACUGUCCCUGCUCUUACCCUUUAGAAGCUGUUUAUAAUGCUGUAAAUGUGCAAGAUGAGCAGAAGGGCAAGAACUUCCGAUGGCAGGAUGCCAGUGGGCCAAAGGAGCGAUUGGACAUCUACAAACCCACAGCCCGUUUCUGCUUGCGUUCCAUGCUGUCCCUGGACAGCACCACUCUAGGUGCCCAACACUGUUGCUAUGAUGAGAACACCAAGCUCAUUACCCGAGGCAAGGGAGCAGGAGCGCCCAACCUCAUAAGCACAGAGUUCUCUCCUGAGUUACACUACAAGGUGGACAUGUUGCCUUGGAUCCUCUGCAAAGGGGACUGGAGUCGAUACCAUGCUGUGCGGCCUCCCAAUAAUGGGCAGCAGUGUGCUGUCAACCCUCCAGAGGAUGAAUACCUGUCUCAACUACAGGAGGCCAGAGAAUAUUAAUACAGCAACCAAAAAGAAGCUGAGGAGAUCAGGACGUCCUUUCUGUCUCCCCGGCUCAACAACAUAACGUGUAUUGUUUCUCCAACCUCAUCCCAAUAUUUAUGUCAAAGAUCUCUGCAACUUCAGAAUGAUAUAUUAUUUUUUAUCACCUUAGUAACAAGGGUCUUCUGGGUUUUCUUCAUUUUUCCUUUUUUUGAUUUCACUGUUUUCUUCUCCAUAUAAAAUAGUAAUACAAUUACAAGAGCAUCACCUGUGUUUUAUAUACUGCAAUAGAUUAUGUUGCUAUUUUUCUGGAGCUUGAUAUGCAAGAAGAGAAAUCUGAGAAUGAGACAUGUAGAAGUCUAAGCUCAAAGCAUCCAAUUUCAAAGUGUAUAUCAAGGAGAUAAUUCUUGAUCCACAUCUCCAUAUAUCCUUUCGUUAUCCUAGUGUUUAAAUGGUAAGGAUCAUCUAGCUGCUGCAUUUUCUAUCACUUAUGCUUUUUUUCCUGUUGACAAUGACCUUAUGUUUGUCACAUCAAAAUUAGACCAACUUGUAGAUAAGAGAUCAUUGUAAUUUGUCUGAAUGAGGGUCCGGAAACUAUUUCAAUAACCUGCUUGGUUUAUUAUUCCAAAGGAUAUAUUAAUGAUUUAUCACCUAAAAUACAAAUACUGGUUGCUAAGCAACUGAUUAUACAACAUACACAUGUCUAUAUCCAGAUGUGAUAGUUGUCUUACAAUCCUUUUUGUGGAUGUUACUUUUAAUUGCCUUUUAGAUCAUAACUAUCUGCUACUAUGGCUGUUAUCCUUUUUGGUGGAUAGGCAUAGUUAGAAGGUUCCUCUGUAUUGGCAAAAGAUGGGUAACACUAUAUAUUACCUAAUUCUGCACUAUUGCAAUUGCUCAUGGAUACGUUUCAGUCCUUUGUGAAUCUUAGAUUCAGGCAGUAACUCAUGGCUUGUUGGGCCACAUUUCAGACUAUGAUUUGAUGCAUCUUGAUUGUUUAUCCCACUUUCAGAAACCAGCUGGGGCAAAGCUGCAAUAUUGCCAUGCAGAAGGUGGCUGUUAAUGCUACCACUAUUAACCAUUUAAAGUGUUGGAUAACUACUGUUGUGCUGAUAUAGUAGUGAAAAUAACACCUCAACGAUUUCUGAAUGAAAUUUGAAGGUAGUAUAAGUGAUUAUGGGAGAAAAUGGCCUGAACUGUCUUAUUUAACACUUUUCAGAUAGGCAUAUAAUAUACAAAAAUGUAAAUAAACUGCUACAGUUUUAAAAAAACAAAAUAGUUGAACAUUCAUAAAUAAAUCAUCAUGCAAAAGCAGAUUCCAAUGACAAAUGGGAUUUCUCUUUAUUUUCACAUAUCUGGAAGAUCAGCUGCCGAGGCUCCCACAACUAUAUAAAAUAGAGUGUGUGAGUACACAAAAAUAAGAGAAACAAAUGGCAAAAGUUUACAGUGUGAACUUGUAUGAGGUUAUAUUACUCCCAGUGUGUUUAUGGUAGUUGAGUUUGAGAAAGUGGUUUGCCACAUUUAAGCAGCAGUCACUGUAGGCUCGUGUUUAAAAUUGAGCUAUAUACCACUGCAUCCAGAUGCUCAAUCCAAUUCAGUCCACGUGGUAAUGAUGGAGAAGGAUGAUAGGAUUUGGGAAAGCUGCCUGUCAGCUUUCAGACAGAAUUGACUUCUUUUCUUUACUUCUAAAAAAGACAUAUCAUAGACAAGCCCUGGUGGUGUAGUGAUUAGAAUGCAAACUGCCUACAGCCUGGAAUUCUAUCCUGAUAGGUUCAAGGUUGACUCAGCCUUCAGUCUUUCCAAGGUUGGUAAAAUGAGGACCCAGGUUAUUGGGAGCAAUAUGCUGACAUUGUAAACCACCCAGACAGUGCUGUAAACACAAUGGGAUGAAAUAUAAAUCUAAGUGCUAUUGCUAUAUCCUUUAUAAUAUUGAUAGUCUCUUAGAUGCAAACUGAACAUAUUUCUUCCCCAUAAAUGCUGCCUAAAAAGGAGCAGGUCUGUGUAGUGGUUCCUUCAUCCACUGCUCUGGUCUUUCUCCACAACUUUUUUCCAUAACAAAUAGGAAUCCCCAUUGCUGAGUUAGUGCCCUCAACCAUCUCUGGGGUUGCAGAAAUAUAACAGCAUAAUAGGGCUGAUCUCCAGCCUUCCUUGAUUCCCUAUUGAUUGAUUCCUUUGCUACCUCCUUCUGCAUGACUCAGCCUGCAGAAAGACAUCUCCUAAUAUACAGAGUUGGAAGGGACCUUGGAGAGCUAGUCAACCCACUAUUCAAGCAGAAGUAUCUAUGCCAUUCUAGACAAAUGGUGGUCCAAUCUCUUUUUUAAAACCUCUAGCGGCGGAACAUCCAAAACUUCUGGAGGCACGUAAUCAUAAUACUGCAGCAGGAAACAUGGGCAGGGGAGAAUGGAGGCUGGCUAGAGGAUUCUAUCUAUCAUCUGUGGAAUUCUUCCCUUCUUUCACUUUAUUUUCUUAUAGCAUGAGCUGAAUAGAAAACAUUAAAAACCUACAGAACUGAAUCACAAGCAGCACUUUUCCUUCUGAAUUAUUUCCUUUUCCUUUCUUCCUAUACAUGCUUGCCUGCAGAUUCUUCCCUCCUCUAGUAGUUCCAUAGGCAGAGCAGGGAAGAAUUGGUUGUACGUACAAUCUUAUUUCAGGCUGCUUCCUAAGAUGUUUCACUAUUACCCUGUUUCAUGCUGUUUGAAUACCUAGGAUAUUUUUCUUAAAAUCUAAUCACUGUUGUAUCCAACUCUCUGGGGAAGUAGGAGUAGAAUAGCAGUAGACAAGACUGGCUAGAGAGGCAGUAUGGAGGUAUGCCCCCAGCAGCAUGGAAUGAGCAAUAAGUAACACUAAUCUUUGCUAUUUGUCACCUGAAUUCACACAAUAGGUGCCACAGAGUAAUAUUUGACCCACCUUACAGUGGCCCCUGGAUACCUACAAAGGGAGGUGCCACCACUGCUUCAUUUAAGGACUAUAUAUUCAUACACCAAAAACAAGAUAAAGAAAUUGUCAGGGCAUCUGAAACUGGGUAUAUUGCAGUUGAGGCUCAUGAUUAGGUGUUAGUCUAUAUUUAAACUAGAGAAUCCAUUCAGGGCUGAUGGCUGUCAGGUUUCUGGGGUAUUAAAAAGGAAUUAAAUGAAUCUAAAGAGGUUUGGGCUAUCAGUAGGGUUUAUUGAGCUGCUUACUACCUCCAGACAGAAUACUUUUAGGGUUGACCUGAACAAACAUAAUUCUUCAUACUUUUUUAAUGGUUUGUUUAACUUCCUUUCUUCUUGGUCAGAACUUUGUCCCUAGUUUUAUUUUUUCCAAGGAAUCUAUUUAAAUAUCCUUUAAAUUAAUAAGCCUAUUUGCUUACUAAAACUCAAUAUCCCAUCCUGACAUUAAAAAUCCAUUACCAACAAUGCUUGUCUGUGAGGCACAGGGUUGUCUGGAGUCUAGGUCCAAUGAGGAAAUUCACAACUUGUGAGCAAGGGUGGGAAUCUGAACCACAACUGCCUGGAAGGAGUUGGGACUAUCUACUUCUAGUGUAUCCAAUGUUGCUGGUUAUCAAAAGCACCUUACACUCUGGAAAAGCUUUACAAUUUCAUUUGGUCAAGAAAAUGAUAUGGAAUGAAUUUUAUUUUUAUAUCAGGUAAUUAAGAUUCUGUGCAUUUCUAUUUAUGCAAUUUUUAAAGUAUUGUAUGUAUAUUGUUCCUUCAUAAUUUUAUUGGUUAUUUCAAUAUACUUUUGAAUAAAGGUUUAAUAGCAUUUAUGAGAAAAUCUUUAUCUGACUAUAGAUAAAAGCACUUUAUUUCAAAUUGCAUGUGUUUGUGAUUGACAUUAUUUGGUUCUUAGGUUGCUCGGUCAUUCAGUUGAUUUUGACAGAGACAAUACAUUGCCAAAUGAUGCAUCUUUAGGGAACUGAAUCUUAUAAACGUGGUCAUUAAGGAUCCAGAAUGUGCUACUGUUUGCUCGCCUGUCUGCAUUUUAAUUUUAAUGAAUGAAUCUCAAAGUAAAGGAACGCCCCAGUGUUUCCUUUCAGAAGUUAAAGCUUCUGUUUUAGCUUAAGAUAGAGAUCAGUCCUUUUUUCUGAGCUUUUCUUAACACAAUUUUUCCCUGGUGGAGAAGUGAGUCUUUUAGAUAUAGUCCCUCAAUGUCAGGAUGAGAAAUCAGUAGUCCUCAAGAUCCUUCUGAAUUAGAAUCACCCACAAUCCUGUUUACUGGAUUAAAACCUCUAUCUGAAUUGAUAGGAGUCGUAAUCCAAAAACCACAGAAGGGCAUCUUAUUCUAAUUGUCUAGCCCAGUUCAGUAGAAUGAAAAUUAUGGGUCAGUCUAUCCCCAGAUUUUCUCUUGUAUUAUAUUUAUUGUUUGUAAUACUUAAUAUCUUAAGGAAUGGAGAUAUUCAGGACACUGAAUGGGACUUUGAUCUCAGAGGUUGUAUGUAUGAAAUGCCAAAAGGGAAGGAAGAUUUCAGGUUCUUCUGUUACAAAUAAACUCUAUUGUUACACUC